CACCGUACUUAUAAAGUAGCGGGCGCGUACACAAAGCUAAGCUAACGUCAAAAAAUAAUAAUUUGCUCAUUUUAAAGCGACUGUAGCUGUGCUCAUCUACAUGGAGUCUGCUAAAUACGUGUCCCAAAAAGUUAGCAAGACAAGAUGGCGUCCAGUUUCGUAUUCAUCCUUACAACAACCAGAUGUUUUUGUGACUGGAUCGUGGGACAACGAGGAUAACAAGAUAUCCGUUUGGUCCAUUGGAAAUCAUGGCAGUUCGGGUCAGGACGAUGGAUGUGAAGGAGACCCGCAGCUCAUCUGUGAAUACAAGCACCAUGGAGAUGUUCUGGACCUUCAGUUUUUGGACCAAGAGAGAAUUGUCACAGCAUCGUCAACGGGAGCAGUCACCAUCUAUCGUCAUCACCAGAACAGUCAGACAAUUUCAGUUUCUCAUCAGUGGGCGAGGGCUCACCAUUACCCCUCUGACAACACGCCCUGCACCGGAGUCGUGUGCAGCAGUCCUGAAAUCAUCACAGUCGGGGAGGACGGGAGGAUAAUUGUUUUCAGAGCCGACCAGGAAGGAGUGAUUCGAGUCAUAGAGAAUGCAGACAGCAGCACAAUCCACGCUGUGACGUAUCUGAGGACAACAGAGAUUCUGACAGUGAACUCCAUAGGGCAGUUGAAGCUGUGGGACUUGAGGCAGCAGAGCAACUCGCCCUCGCAGAUCCUGUCUUUGUCAGGAGACAGAGUUCCCUUGUAUUGUGUGGACAGACAUCCAAACCAGCAGCACAUCGUUGCCACAGGAGGCCAGGAUGGAAUGCUCUGUGUCUGGGAUGUGAGACAAGGCAACAUGCCCUCCUCUCUUAUGGAGGCCCACUCAGCUGAAAUGUGGGAGGUUCACUUCCACCCCACCAACCCAGAUCAUCUGUUCACGUGUUCAGAGGACGGCUCCCUGCUGCACUGGGAGACGUCCUCCCAUUCAGACAUGCCCUCCUUUUUACAAGGUGGCAGGAACACCAGUUUGACCUCUCGGAGUGCGAUGGCCCCCGCUGUAGGAAACCAGGCUCUCAUCAGCGCCUGGCUCAGUGGGGACUCCAGUAAAUGCCGUCUGGAGACGACUCACAUGCUGCCCAGCCAGACGCUGUCUGUCAACAGCUUGGACGUGCUCGGACAGUGCUUGGUCUGUGGGACUGAUGGGGAGGCCAUUUUUGUCAACAGACAGGUCCCAGUUUAACGGAGGUGUCUGUGCACACAAAAAUAUUUAAAUUUAGACCUUAUUUUGUCGGUUUCAGGCACAAGAGAGGAUUGUUGUUGUGUGUUUUUGUACAAAAUACUGGAUAAGAACUCUCGCUUUGACUU